AGUGCGUUUCGUAUCAGCGGCAUGGGAUUUGAUAAAAAAUGUGAAAAGGGAAGAAGGAAAUAAUUAAAAAAACGUUUUUAUACAAUUUAAAUUUAAUUUAAUUGUUAUAAAAACAAAAAGUUGAUUUUAAAUUUUCAAAAGUUUCUGUAAAAUGCAUUCGACUAAAGGUGCAAUGGGUCCAGAGGCGUAUACGAAUUUUGCCAACAAUUCGCUACGUGAUGGAGGGCUACCAUUAUUGGGUUGGAAUCAUCCGUCCGAAUAUCAACAUUUGGUACAUCAACAUUGGCGAAAUUUCCCCGCGCCGCAGAUACACUUUACAGCUUUUUUCUUUAUAGGUUAUAUUAUAUUAAUGUUUAUAUCUUUAUUUGGAAAUGGCCUAGUCAUUUGGAUUUUCGGAACCUCAAAAAACUUAAGAACGCCGUCGAAUUUAUUAAUCUUUAAUCUGGCAAUAUUCGAUUUGGUCAUGUGUUGCAAUAUGCCACAUUAUCUGAUUAACACCAUUGCUGGUUACUUUAUAGGCGGUGAAUUGUCUUGCGAUGUUUAUGCCGUUUUAGGUGGCAUCUCAGGAAUGGGUGCGGCCAUCUCCAACGCGUUUAUUGCAUUUGAUCGUUAUCGCACCAUAUCGAAUCCCAUAGAUGGUCGACUGAAUUUUGCACAAGUUGGCUUCUUAAUAGCGUUUUGUUGGGUUUGGACGAUACCAUUUUCAGUGCUGCCUUUCUUCAAAAUAUGGGGUCGCUAUACUGCGGAGGGUUACCUAACCACCUGCAGUUUCGAUUAUUUGACCGACAAUGACGAAACACGUCUCUUUGUGCGCUCCAUGUUUGCUUGGGCCUACUGCUUCCCAAUGAUAAUGAUAUGCACUUAUUAUACAAAGUUAUUCUUGCAUGUGCGGGAUCACGAGCGCAUGUUGGCCGAGCAAGCGAAGAAAAUGAAUGUGAAGUCCUUAUCCGCGAAUGCCAAUACAGAGUCUAUGAGUGUCGAAAUGCGCAUCGCCAAAGCCGCUAUAAUGAUUUGGAUGCUCUAUGUUGUUGCCUGGACACCGUAUGCAACUGUUUCAUUACUGGGCACUUCUGAUAAUCGACAAGCGAUUACUCCUUUUGUAUCAAUGUUGCCGGCAACAGCAGCUAAGGCGGUUUCUUGCUUCGAUCCGUGGGUUUAUGCAGCAAGCCACCCUAAGUACCGUCUAGAACUAGAACGUCGUUUACCUUGGUUGGGUAUACGUGAACGUAACAUCCAAGGUGGGGGCAGUGCAGCCACUUGCAAUGACAGUGAAGCCGGUACGGUUAUGGUGGAAAGUUGAAUGCUCUUCUGUUUUUUUAUUAGAAGAAAAUUUGUUUUAAAAAUAUUAAUAAUAUUAAAUAAAGCUU